GCUAUGAUCGUGGGUUAAUGGCGAUUUCUGAAUCCAACCCUGACUCAAAUCUAAGCAUCGAAGCUGGAGAUGAAUGGCAAAAGCUUCCUCUAUCCGCCAAUUCGUCACAUCCAGAUUCAUCGUCCCCGGGACAGGUCUGCUUAAGGGUUUCAAACUUGUCGAAGAUUCAAACUCUAUUAAACAACUCUUCCAAGUCCACGCGAGGCUAAUCACCUCCGGUAACUUCUGGGAUUCCUCUUGGGCUAUCAGAUUGUUGAAGUGUUCUUCGCGUUUUGGUGAUUCUAGCUAUACCGUUUCGAUAUUCCGCAGCAUUGGGAAGCUCUACUGUGCAAAUCCCGUCUUUAAGGCUUAUUUGGUCUCUUCUACUCCGAAACAAGCGUUGGGGUUUUACUUUGAUAUACUGAGAUUUGGUUUUGUUCCUGAUUCCUACACCUUCGUUUCAUUGAUUAGUUGUAUCGAGAAGACUUGUUGCGUUGAUUCUGGUCAAAUGUGUCAUGGGCAGGCUAUUAAGCAUGGAUGCGAUCAAGUUUUGCCUGUUCAAAAUUCGUUAAUGCAUAUGUAUACUUGUUGUGGUGCUUUGGAUCUUGCAAAGAAGCUGUUUGUUGAAAUUCCUAAGAGAGAUAUUGUGUCCUGGAACUCGAUAAUCGCUGGGGCGGUGAGGAAUGGUGAUAUUUUGUAUGCUCACAAGUUGUUCGAUGAAAUGCCUGAGAAAAACAUGAUUUCUUGGAAUAUCAUGAUUAGUGCGUAUUUGGGUGCUAAUAAUCCUGGAGUUUCCAUUAGUUUGUUCCGUGAGAUGGUUGGAUCAGGGUUCCAAGGAAAUGAGAGUACAUUGGUUUUGUUGUUGAAUGCUUGUGGUAGAUCAGCUAGAUUGAAGGAAGGUAGGUCGGUUCAUGCUUCUUUGAUAAGAACCUUUCUGAAUUCGAGUGUAGUCAUUGAUACAGCUCUUAUUGACAUGUAUGGAAAGUGCAAGGAAGUAGAUUUAGCACGUAGGAUAUUCGAUAGUUUAUCUGUUAGGAACAAAGUAACGUGGAAUGUGAUGAUAUUGGCACAUUGUCUUCACGGGCGUCCUGAAGAUGGGCUCGAAUUAUUUGAAGCUAUGAUCAAUGGUAUGCUUAGACCCGAUGAAGUGACAUUUGUUGGUGUUCUCUGUAGUUGUGCUAGAGCUGGUCUUGUUUCUCAAGGACAAAGUUACUACGCCCUGAUGGUUGACGAGUUCGAGAUCAAACCCAACUUUGGACACCAAUGGUGCAUGGCUAAUCUUUACUCCAACGCCGGGUUCCCUGAAGAAGCAGAGGAAGCUCUGAAGAAUCUGCCAGAGGAAGAUGUGACACCAGAAUCUGCAAAAUGGGCAAACUUGCUGAGCUCGUCGCGUUUCACAGGAAACCCGGCUCUAGGGGAGAGCAUUGCCAAGUCCCUGAUAGAGACAGAUCCUUUGAACUACAAGUAUUACCAUUUGCUGAUGAACAUUUACAGUGUUACAGGAAGGUGGGAGGAUGUUAAUAGAGUGAGAGAGGUGGUGAAGGAGAGGAAAAUAGGACGAAUACCCGGGUGUGGCCUUGUGGACUUGAAGGAGAUAGUCCAUGGCCUUAGACUAGGAUGCAAAGAAGCAGAAAAAGUGAUCACUGAGACUAGUCUAGAACAAUGGUACAGUGAUUCACUGACAUAAUAAAGCUGGUCUGUUUUUGCAGACAAAGAGUAGUAAAAUUCUUGUUUAGAAUGGAAAGAAGAGAAAGUUAUGGUCUCUCUAAUUGUAUUUGAUCCUGUUUCAUUUUUGUUCUUUUUGGGGGUCAGAUUUGUCAAUUCUUAAAUUUGAGAAAGGCUUUUUAUAACAAAAUCAAUGCGAGGAG